AUGGCUGCCAUCUCUACACUUUUGCGAUCCCCUUCCCGCGGAUCCGAUCAUGAAUUAUCCUAUGCCUCCCCUCUGGUUAUCCGAAUGGCUGGAGAUCGGCCAGAUACAGAGUCUCUUGAGAGGCAUAAUAGCAAACGACGAAGUGGGUCCUUCAAUGAUGAAGAUGGGAAGCUUGGUGAUGAUGGACGAAAGCGCCGGUCCUUGGGAAGUAGCGAUGACGAAGGCGGACUGACUAGCGAUAACCUACACAAUGAGGAUCUGCGGGUCGGGGGCCCUUAUCUGUGCUCCAUCCCUACAAAAAAUGUAGCCAUCCCCGCGAGGCACCCCAAAUUCCAGUUGACAUCUAUUGAAACCCCAGAAGGAAUGGCACUCGCACAACAGAUUACUACUAUUCUCGAUCAAUUCUUACUCAAACAAACCGGUGUGAGGUUUCUUUUCAUAGGCAGAAGGUCUAUAAUUGACCCCGAGCCCCAGGCUUGUUUGACCCUUUUUGUCCCCGCUGAGAGAGAGCAAGUGGAUGAUACCUGGCUCAAAUGUGCCCGAAUGCUUCGCAAUCUGUUGAUCAACAACGAACUCGAGUCUUGCUCAGUUGAAAUUGCUGACAAUAUGGCGUUCACACCCACAAACACAUAUCCUAUGCUCCACACUGAUGAUGUAUUCUGGAACUGGGAGCCCCUUCUGCAAGAGCUCCUUGCACAAUUGGAUCUCAAGUCCAUCAUAUUUAUUGGUUGCUACAGACGGGGUAGAAGCACCACGGUCCUGGAUUGUCCACCAACCUUGUUGAUACUAGUCGAUCGCAAGAAGGACUGGACCGUCACCCGUGAGAAGGUUAUUUCGAUUCUGAAGAGGCGACGCCUGCAAAUGCUGGCUGUUGAGAUCGUUAAGGAUAGGCCGGUCACUCGGGGAUACCGCGAAGGUAUUAGCCCUGGGCUUCUCAAAGGAUUUCUGGAGAAAAAGGACCGGACUAUGGCAGGCGAUUCCAUUGCUUCAUCUCGCAAUCAUUAUGGCAGUGGAACUUUAGGUUGUUUCCUGAAACUGCGAAGCCCAAGCUCCGAUGACUGGAGGACCUUUGCCUUGACUUGCUGGCAUGUGGUGGUUCCGCCCUUUGCUGGUCUAUCUGAUGAUGAUCAAAAAUUGAUCGAGAACUGGAAUAAAAAUGGGGUUCCAACAAGCAUCGCCAAAACCGAUGAUGUUCGUCGCCUGCUUCCGGUUGAUCACGCCACCAGACUUGCUUAUCAAGAGGAAGUGGGAAAGAUCGAGGAAACAAUUCAGGAAAUUAAAGAUGGAAAGAUGUUUAAAAUGUUCAAGGAUCUUGAGCUCAGGAAUGCCCUUGAGAUGUUCACUCCCCAGCAGCGCCAGAACUACGACGAGGACAAAUCCGAACUAAAGAAGCAUGAGGAAAAUCUUCGAAUCCUCCAUGAACGCUUCAAAAAUGACGAUCAAGUCCUUGGGACGGUUUUCUCUGGCUCCGGGUUCAAGUAUAAAGACUUGAACUUAACAAAAGGUGGCAUCAAAUAUUUCACAAGUCUUGACUGGGCCCUUGUUCACUUGAGUUCUCAUCGCCAACCAUCCAACAAAUUCGAUGAAAGACCUUCUCUCCCCGACGAGUUCGCCUCAGCUGAAAUUUUACAAAGCCUCGAGCUGCAUGAGGCGGAAGUUUCUCACCACGGAUAUCGCACUAGGAAUAACACCGGCAUUUACAGUGGACUCCGGGUUGCCAGUAUUGCAGCUCAGAUAAGCGAGAAGGAUACCAUCAGAAUCCCUACCCUUGAAUACUCUGUGCUUGGUGUUAAUGGACAGCCCUUCGCUUUACAAGGGGAUUCCGGAGCAAUGGUCAGCUACAAGAGAAAGGUAGAGGAAGGUUCCCAGAGAGUUAUUGUCGGGAUGGUCUUUGCAGGUUUUGAGAAAGAAAACAUCACCCGUAUCACUCGAUCUGACAUCCUGCUCAAGGAUAUCAUGGACACUGUAGGGGCGAAGGGAGCUGAGAUCUUCGUUUAA